UAUCGCUUUACAGUCCCUUUACUGCGCUUAAUCUGGAAGCUCCUUUAAUGGCUGACGAUUUCAAAAUUAGGGUUAGCAAGGCCUUUGGCUCUCUGUUUCAGUCCUUGCCUUCUCUCUCUUCAUUAUCUCCCCAAGCCUGGUCUCUGAGCGAUGACGCUGUUGAGAAGCGAGAAUGGAGCAGGGAUGAACCAGACGAAGCAAGGGAAAAUAUUCCUUGUUCUUCUUUCUUUGAUGAAGUCUCAGGCCGUGAAAGGCGGAGAAUAGAUAGAAAAGCUAGGGUUUCUCGUGAUGCGAUUGAAGAUGAUCUUGAAGCUAUUGAUGAGGAGGAAAUGGGAGAGGCAUCAAAGGGUUGUGAUGAGGAGGAGUAUCGGGCAUUGCAGAAGGACAUUGGACGGGAUUCCACUCUUGAUCGAGAGGAUGAAGAAGAUGAAUUUGACAGAGUUGCAGUUGGUAGGGAAAAUGCAAGUGAGCGUCUUUACAUGAGAGAUGUUACAGACACCAAACCUCAUAUAAAUUCUCACAACGAAGGUAACAUCACGAGGCAUCCUCAAGCCAAUCACUUUGCCGCAAAAAAGAGGCUUAAAGAAGAUGAUGACGAGGCUGCAAGAGAGAGAGUCAAAAAAAAUAAAGAUGGGGUCCAUGAUAUGGAGGAUGACACACAUAAGCCAGAAAAAGAGACCAAACAAACAGUUGAGACCAUGGAUACUCAACCUGAAAAUACUAAAGAAGCAGUGGAGGUGAAACCCAUCUUGAAGAGGCAGAGAGAUCAGGCCAAUCCCGAGUCAAGAAAACGUGUUCGUUUCGAUCCAAACUGCAAACUAGAUCUCAGCCCCUCCAAUGAAAAUACUGAUGUAGGAGAAACAACUUUAACGACAAAAACAAGUGAAGUGAGAGAAACAAGCUCUUCCAAUUAUACUGAUGCCCGAGUAGUUCCCGAUUACAUCCGCAACCCCUCAAAAUAUAUUCACUACACUCUAGACUGGUCAAACCAGGAUGAUGAAAACUCAAACCUCAAUGCUUUUCAAGAGACUGUUAACUUAUCAAGCAGUGAAGGAAACUGUGAAGCUUACUCCAUGAAAUCUCCUGUUCCUGUGACUUUCAUGCCUAAGAAGAAGAUGGGUAAUGCAAAAGCUAUGAAGGAAAGCUCUGAUACAAGGAGUGAAUCAGAAGGAGGGUUUGCUUGUCCUGUUGCUAUUGCAGCUAGUGAUACAGGAGAAAGUGAGGUGUGCUCAAUGGAGGAGGAUGAAAUGGAGGUAGAGAGAGAGAGGACGCAAAGAGGAGAACGCCGGUAUAGGUCUAAGGUGAGCUCUGAUGUCUCUGUUCUUGAUUGACCGUGUUCAAGGUUAAGUGUUUAUGGAUUGGAUGGAUUGCCACAAUCUGCUCCUUUUAGCUUGGAUCUUUAUGAAUUUUUGUGGGAAUAUUUGGGUUUCUACUCAUUGCUGGGGUUUGAGCUGAAGUUAUGAAUGGAGUUUUUGGGUUUUCUAAAAGGCUCUGAAAGAAGUAAAAUAUUGUGUACAUAUAGUGAGCAUGUAUAUGAAUCAGGCCAGACAUUAUGCGGUUGUGGUUCUUUUUCAAAUUUGUGUCAAAGAUGAAAUCUGAAUAUUUUACAUUUAUAUAAUAUAAAUCUGUUCUCAGACA